CCUAUUUUUCUUUUAAAUCAAAAAAUAAAUGCAGAAAAUGUUCUAUUUUUCAUCGUCUUCCUCCCGAGAGAAAUUUAACUGACCUCCGCAACCGGCAAUAGAUUGCGUAGCGAGGGAGUUCCUUCCUCUUCCAGUCCAGUCCAGUCCAGUCCAGAGAAAGGAAAAAGAUAGACUCCCUCUGCCCGCUACCAGCUUCCUUCUUGGUGUGGUUGUCUGCCCGCUGCCCGAUUUCCCCUCCUUUCUUCUUCUUCUUCUGCGAUUACCCUCUUCACCUUAUCUUUCUUCCUCUUUCCCCACCCUCGCUGUUGCUUUGCUUACCUCCUCUCCAUUACUGCCCAUUUUUUUAUUCUUGUUUUUGUUUUCUAGCCUGUUAUUUUAUUGAUUGUUUUUUCGGUUUUCGGGGGAGGGUUUUCGUCCGUUUUUCUCAUCUAUCAACUCCCCUGCCUCUCCUCCUUCCCCACUCCCACCGCAAGAUCAUCUGCUUUCUUCUCCAUUCUUCUUCUUCAUUCUCUUUCCUCCUCCUACUACUUUCUUUUUGUCAUAUCCCCGCUGCCUUUUUCUCUACCACCACCGCCCUCCCGCGUCUUUGUUAUCAUCGUCAUCUCGUGUUUGUCCUCCAAUUAUCUGCAGAUAUUCGGGGGUGCAUUUCUGGGUCUUCUCUCAGAUCGUCUCAAUAAGCUGAUCAUCGCCUUCUGUUCAUUUUUUGAUUGCAAAGGUCUCGUCUUUUCUGUUCUCUUUUUCUUCUUCUGGGGUUUGGUAUAUUGUUGUUUGCUUGCGUGUAUGGGAAUAUGGAACAAUUGAUUUCUGGGCUUUGCUUCUGCUUUCCGCUUUUUCAUUGUUUCCCCCUUUUUUUCGAGCGAUCAUUGACACUGUUGAAUGGAAAUUGCAGGAUCGGUUGCUUCUGUUUGUUCCUGAAAGCAAAUUGAAGAGGCUUGAUAUUUAAGGUAUCCAUACUUUUGCUUUCUGGUUUAUCUAUGGUCUUCCGAUUUCUUCCCUUUUAGUGGUUGACAAGUUCUGGGUUUCGAUAGAUUUGUUGGGUUCUUGGUGAAGAUAAAAUCUUUAGGUUUUUGCGCACCCUUCCAUUUGCAUUCCGUUUUUCAUUCAUCAGUCUUGCUAUUUGUGUCAGACAAGUUCUUUCUUCCAUUUCCUGUACAUCGCUUUUCGAUUUUAUCUCUCUGUGAUUGUUUCACUUCUUCCCAUGAUCGGUACUACCUACUUCACUGGAGCUUUCAUUUGCGGUUUCUACCUAAUUCACUUUCCCAACAAAUUUUGCGUAAUAUUAGUUCAUUGAACUUGAAGGUUUUGAUCUCAUCUGUCUUGUUUGGCUAUGCAAUUUCAUCUGUGAGUGUAAUUUUGAUGGAAGAAGUCUUUCGCAAAGCAUUUGUGUUUCCUUCGCAGAGGGAUAUGACAAAGAGAGUUGUUGAUCACAUUGAGCUAAGUGGUCUGAUGCCUCGAUGACCUUGCCCCAUUGUUUCUUUUUCUCUUUUUAGCAUGGUUUUCAGCCCUUUAUUAGACUUGUGGUGAAUUCCCACUCUAUGUGGGUGCAUGAUUCAGACCGUAAACUUAAAACCGCACAUAGUGUAUUAGAAGAUCAGGUGCCUGAUGCGCUGCAACUCUGUGCAUGUAACGUCUUCCUAAUGUAGUUGAGACUUGCAGGCGUUACGUUGAUUCGUUGCACAGUUACUACCUGGAUAGGAAUGUUUUGUGGUACAGAUGAUAUUAUGAUAACCGACACAAAGCUGUUUCUAAGCCUUGUAUUCUGUAUAGGUCGCCACGUAACUUAAGCAUUAGUGAUCCAAAAGCCUGUUCUGGCAGAGCUUUGAAAGUUCUCUCUGUUUACCUUGUAUGUGCCGAUCGAUGGCAGCUGGCACAUUGAUACGUUGAUGCUUGAUCGAUGUUUUUAACUUUUCUAUUGGCGCGAAGACACGUGUCUAGGCUCUUACAUCUGAAUCAAAUUAGGCAGUUUUAUGCUUAGUAGAUAAUUGGAUUUUUACAUGUUUUAACUUAAUAACUUUAUUAUUUUUUAUUUGUUUAUGAAUUGGGUAGUAGUAACAAUGGUUGAAGUUCAUAACUAGCUUCGUUGCCGGGGACAACUUUGAGAAGUUGAAAGUGAUGUUGCUCUGCUCUUUUGCAGGUGAAAUCAUCUGUUUAUAUAAUUGAAGCCUUUGAAGUUAAUGAUAAAUAGAUUGCUCGAAAAUGCUGGGAGGCAAUAGUGGCAAUCCCCUUCUUCCAGUUUUUUUGGAUGAGAACCGCAUUCCUUAUCAGAACAACGCUUCUAACCAGCUGCAGUUAUUUGGUAAUUUGCCAGCUGGAUGUAACGUUGAUGCUGUGAACUAUUUUGGAAAUGAGCAUAUAUCUCCCAUGCUUCAGCCCAAUAAACGAACGAGGGAGGCGGAAGAUUUUGGUAGACAACAGAAGCUCCAAAUUUCAUUGAAUUAUAACAUUUGCCAAGAUGAAGCUGACCGAUCAGCAAGUGCUCCAAACAAUCCUAAUGCUGUGUCAACUGGGUUACGCCUAUCAUAUGAUGAUGAUGAACGAAACUCAUCUCUGACUUCAGCAAGUGGGAGUAUGACAGCAGCAGGACCUUCAGUGAUCUUGUCAUCCCUUGGGGACAAUAUUCGGUCUGAGCUUGAUCGCCAGAAAGAGGAAUUUGAUCAAUAUAUCAAACUUCAGGAGGAGCACCUGGCUAAGGGAGUGAGGGACAUGAAACAGAGACAUGUUGCCUCAUUUCUUGGUGCUAUUGAGAAGGGUGUUGUGAAGAAAAUUCGAGAAAAGGACUUAGAGAUAGAGAAUGUGAACCGUAGAAACAAGGAGUUGAUUGACAGAAUAAAGCAAGUGGCGACUGAAGCCCAGAAUUGGUACUACAAGGCAAAGAACAACGAAUCACUGGUCAAUGUCCUGAAGACCAAUCUCCAGCAGGCAAUUUCUCAGGGUGCUGAGCAAGUAAAGGAAGGAUUCGGUGACAGUGAGUUCGACGAUGCUUCCUCUUGCGUUGAUCCUAACAACAACUACCUGAACAUGACAACAGGUGGUUGUGGGCCUUCAUCAAAGCCUCUCUCUCGGCGAGGCGGCUCUAAAGAGCAUAUGACCUGCAGAGCAUGCAAAGCAAGGGAGGUGUCGGUAUUGUUAAUGCCGUGCAGGCAUCUGUGCUUAUGUAUAGACUGCGACAUGUUCGUCAAUGUUUGCCCUGUAUGCCAGUUGAUCAAAACUACCAGCAUCCAAGUAUACUUGUCCUAAAUUAUGACAAACUGUGAACUGAGACAUCACUCAAAAGUGAAUGGAAAAAGAAGGGGAAAAAAGAACAGGGUCAUCUUAACUCUCUUCUAUGAUGGAAGAAAAAUCAAACAUUACCCAGGGCCUGUCCUGGGAUUACAAAUGUUGUAUUUGGAGUAACCUUGUUUUAUUUUUGGGAAAAUGGAGUUUGAGUAAAGCAUGUUUCUGUCCCAUGUUUUGCUAUCUACUAUGAGAAGUGUUAUUGAGUGCCUGUUUUUUUUUUCUAAACCAUGGAAAGAAGGUAGCUGAUCUGGUGGUAUAUAUAGCUUAAGUGGGAAAGGGCUUUUCUGCCAGUCGAGGCAAUCUUAGCCUCGCUGUAUGAUUGCUUUGCAAUUGCAUCUGAUGCAUUACAAAAUGCAGAAAUCCAACUUGCAUAACAGCUUCUUAGAUUAUGCAUUUAUAACUGAGUCUUGUUUCUGUGAUUAGGUUACAAUUGUGGGGUACAGUAAUUGAAGCAAAGCUUUAACGGGAACCAAGUCUUCUGUUUGUGAAACACUGAAAAACAGCAGCACAGAGUUGGGGUUGGCAUGGCUGACUGAGAUAGAUAAGAAAGAAACACAAAUGAA